AUGCUUUACGAGCUAAUAGUGAUCGCCCGGCCGGGCAACGUGGCCAACAUCAAAGAAAUCGCACGCAUCGCCGGCACCCAAAUCCUAUCUAACAAAGGCGUGAUCCGGGGCCUCAAGAACUGGGGACAAUUCGACCUACCGCGACCGACCACGAAGCACCAGGCCCAGCACCGCCAAGGCCACUACUUCAUCAUGCAAUUCGACUCGUCGGUGCGGGUCCAGGACGAGGUGAAGCGCACACUCAGUUUGGAUCCGCGGCUGAUCCGGUACUCGGUCGUCAAGAUUGGAGACAAGCUGGGUGGUGUGAAUGGCGCGAUGGAGGAUGUCACGGGCACGAUACCGUGGAACGGGAAAGGGGAAUCCGCCAAUGCCUAUGAGAAUAUUUUUCCAAACCAGAGGGUUGUGAGCCCACAUGCGCCGCUGUCGCCCUCGACUUACACGCCGCAAUUCACGCCCGCGCACACAGAUGCACCGCUGGACACGCGGAAUUGA